UUCACUUCAAAAGUUCAUAGUUAACGUAGGCUUACAAAUAUACGCUUAACCAAACGGUUAUUUCAUAAGUUUUCGCCGUUAGAUCAACUAGUAUCACAAAGAGUACAAGUUCAGGUUAAACAAGCGUUAAUUAAUCAAGAAUCAGUCGAUAUUAUACUUUAAACCAUCAAACAAACAAUUAAAACCACAAAAACAGCGUAAUUACAAUCAAGAAACGAAAUAACAAGAUAUAGGUUAUAAUUGUACACAAAUUAUCAGCGAAAAUGUCAGACAGUCAUGAUUCCACUGCUGAUAACGCAACCGAACAACUACAACUGCCUCCAACAAGCGGCCUAACACAAAUCGUCCCACGCCAAACAUUCUCAAGAAAAGAAGAAGAGUUAAUGCUCAAAUAUAUAGUGUGUCACAGUCUUUAUGACAAUUUAAGAAUGAUGAGCAUGUGGAAAGACAUGGCUAAAUAUUUUAACAAUGGCAGAACUGCUGAAUCUCUUAGAGAAAGAUUUCGCCGUUUUGUCAUUCCACAAAUCUAUACUUACAACAUACCUAAUGAUAAAAAGAAUCUGAUAACAGUUGGCUUGGCCAUGAAUGUACAAACAAGGAGAGGAAACGCAACCGAACAACUACAACUGCCUCCAACAAGCGGCCUAACACAAAUCGUCCCACGGCAAACAUUCUCAAGGAAAGAAGAAGACUUAAUGCUAAAAUAUAUAGUAUAUCACAGUCUUUAUGACAAAUUAAGAAUGAUGAGCAUGUGGAAAGACAUGGCUAAAUAUUUUAACAAUGGCAGAACUGCUGAAUCUCUUAGAGAAAGAUUUCGCCGUUUUGUCAUUCCACAAAUCUAUGUUUAUGACAUACCUAAUGAUAAAAAGAAUCUGAUAACAGUUGGCUUUGCCAUGAAUGUACAAACAAGGAAAGGAAGAAAUGAUAUGAAACAAGAAUGAAUAAAAUGGUGUUUAAGAUAGCAUAAGAUGAAAUAAUAUUGUGCCCGCGAUUAUAAUUUAAUUAUACUAUAUUUGAAGUAAUGAGAAAAAUUUAAUUUAACAUAGGCAACCAUACUUACACAUUAACUCUAGUUUGACAGAUCAUAAGUUUACAUUUCUCUUAGUUCCUUUCACAAAUCGCGUUAAAAGUAUAAAACCAACUCGUUUCAAUCGCUUUUAGGUCAUUUUCCCAUCGCACAAUCAAUGUAUCACUACACCUUCGAAAGCAUUCGUGAUUAGACUUAUUCAGAAGCCAAAAAUUGCAAAUUCUCAGAGGCUAAGAAUAAGCACCUAAUCAUGAACGCUUUUCAGGUGUGUAGAAACACUACGGAUGCCGUACCUCUGUACCUCCCUCAACGACUUUAUCUUAAACCCAGCGCAACGAUAUGGAUCUCUGUACAGUUAUCUUACAAAACCACUGGUCAGACAAUCAUCCAUGGAGAAAUGAUUCAAAAACUGAAAGAUUUAAUCACCCCGGAUGAAUUUGCAAGUAUAAAAGUAACGCGAACGGCUGUAGAUGUUGUCCGGUUUGAAGCUGAACUCGAACUGGAAGCAUAUGUACAACGUGUGCUUUGUAAGCUGGAUAAUAAAUAUAUCAAGCUGCAAGAUGUCACACAAUUGCUCAAGGUGAAAGCCUGUGAAGCAAAGACUGAUUUCCCUACAAGACAUGAAUGGGAUGCGUAUUUUCGCGAUGCUAAAGAUAUGAACGAGAUGAAAUUCGGGGAAAGACCGGAUACUAUUCAUAUUUCUAAUUUACCAACGCGAUGGUUUGUUAAUGAGAAGUUUAACUCUAAGGAUAAGGAUGUCCUUCCGUCUGAGAAGUUGUUUUACUACGCGUUUGAGAAAUUCGGUGAUAUACGCCACGUGGAUAUUCCAAUUUGUGAUCCUUAUAGGCAUAAAAUGAAGGCGCAUAUCUCGGGAAUACAGAAUUCUUCGUUUGAUGAUUUGCAAUUUUUUGAGGGAUAUAUACAAUUCAAAGAGUACAUGGGUUUUGUUGAUUGUAUGAAUGCUCUGCGAGGGAAGAAGUUAUUGCAUAAAGAUCGUCUAGGUGACUCGCAAAUGAUUAAAAUUUUCGUUGCGUUUGAUAAGAGUAAACAUCUGAGUGAGGCUGCUAUCAGACGGAGGGAUAUUCUUAGAGAAAGAUUGAUUUUGAGACAAAAAAGUCGAGAGGAGGUUGAAAGGGAGAAGUUGGAAGCUAUACAGAGGAAAGAAUCGGCGGAAAAACAAAAAAUUGAUGAUAUAAAGAAUGGUAAAGAGCAAAGACGUCGACAACGUGAAGAAAAACGUAAAGCUAAGAUACUUGCACAGUUAAAAGACCAAGAAAAGAAUGAUUUUAAUCAAAAAAUAGCAAAAGAAGAGAAAAAAUUGCUUAUUGUACAACGCAGACUUGAAGCUAUACGUUUAGUAGAGGAUUUAUUCAAAAGAGUCGAGAGUAAAUUAGAUUUAAACGUAAACAAACCAAAAAAAGAAGAUUUGGCAAUAAAAGAUAAUCAGUUAAAACGUAUGAAAUUGGAUUAUGAACAAGAGUUCUCUUCCCAACGUGAAAAACUAACGAAAGCAGUUGAAGGAAGAGUUAUCUUGAGGUCUAUUGUAUCUUCCACUGCAAAAGAAGUUUGUAGCGAUGAAGAAUCAUCAAGCGCUGAUGAUUCUAUCGGUAAUCCCGAGCGGGAUGCCGAGAAAAUAUACCCAACGCAUCCUCUGAAUGUAAAUGGGUGGUAUCCAUAUUGGCAGAAUCCUUUAAUGGCUGCCGCGGCUUACAGCGCUGUCGCACCGCCAUAUUACUUUCCUCAUAGGGGUAGAGGUCAUCCAGGACCUUCAGGAGGUAAUAGACAAUUCCGUGGUGGACGUGGAAGAGGCUACAAUCGUCCUUACAGGAAUAAAUUCCACACUGAACGAUAUUCAAGGUCAAGAUCACGAUCAAGGUCAAAAUCAAGAUAUUUAUAUCGAGAUAGUCGCAGUAAAUCACGAUCAAAAUCAAGAUCAAGGAAACGCCGUUCGUAUUCAAGGAGUCGCAGUAAAAGCAGGAGCAGGUCUCGUUCCAGAUCAUAUUCACGCACAAAACGCCACACAUCGAGAAGUACACGUUCUAGAUCUUAAGCUUUUAAGUAGAAAAUUAAUUUAAUCCUAUGAUAUACAUACUGAUAAGACUCUGGUAUAAAAGUCCAACAUUAAAAUGA